AAUCAGUCAGGUUCAGAACAGAUGGAAACCUUUUGAAGUUCGUAAAACAUUCAAAUUAGUAAAGGGCGCAAAGAUCGAAACAGUGAUGAUGACGUGCGUCAGAGAGAGGACGCGAGCGCGCGCAUCGCUCUAGUGCGCAGGUGGAUCUCAGCGCACAAUAGCGCGCCUGUCUCGCGCCACAGGUAGUAGCUGCUGGAUUCAGGUGUUGUAACACGACACUGAACCAUGUGAUCAGCGAUGAGAAUUUAGAAAGAAGACAUACCCAGCUCGAGCAUUCACUCAACACUCUAGUAAAUACAAGACCACCAUUGAAAGCAGGGCAGGAUCCCGAAGGACAAUGUUUUAUUAUGAGCAGGACGGCGGAGUGACGAGCUAGUUUCGGUUUAAAUCCUUAAUUUGACCGGUAAGGUGAGAGGCGGAAGAGACCUGCGGACAUAUAGUCCACAUAACAUACAUUCACAAAAACUCGUCAGGAAACAUCCUGGAUUAUGAAGGUGGAAACACAGCUCGCUAGAUUUUUUAUUCUUUGAUCUCGGACAUGAUUUAUUGAUCACCUCCGCUCCACCCUAGCCGGAGCAUCAGCCCCUUCUGGUCGGGGUAGGGGUGCAGAUUGACUCCAUCCCGGAGAUGAUACGGCAGGUUGGACUUUUGGCAGGGAGUUUUAUGCUGCUGCUUCUCAGGAAUGUUUCGGCCCAGGAGGAAAACAGCACCAUGCCCAGUACAACUCCCAGCCCAGGCCCUAAUAUUGUGGCCAUUGUUGUACCAACUGUGGUCCUGGGACUGGUGGCUAUUUUGACGGCGAUUCUGGUGUUCCUGUUCUGCGUGGUAAAGAAGAAGAGACAGACGGAGGGGACGUAUCGCCCCAGCACAGAGGAGCAAACAGGAACCCGUAGCGUAGAGACGCCAGACGCCCUCAAACUACCCAAGGAGGAGAGACUGAUUUGACACACUGGUUUAUAACUAACCAGCAGCACAUGAUGAUGGUGAAUCAAUUCCAAAAUGGUUAAAUGGAUAAACAUUAACUAGGCACUGUUUCUGAGCACUGGCCAUAUGUUUUGGCUAAACAAAGCGAGUCUGACUACUUGGAAGAAACUUGAAGGAAAGCUACUCUCUCCAAAAGGAAACAUAUUUCACAGUAUAGAUCUGCAUGUGUUGUUCUCUAGCAUUGAUAUUCUUAGUUUAGACUGGUAGCUUUUCUCUGAAAAUUUCAUUUUGUGUUGUGUUUUAAUUGUUCCUUUACACUUACAAAUGCAGAUUUUUGUAUGUAAUGUUAAGAUAUGUUUAAAGGUGAAGUUUGUAAUUUUUCCACUCCUAGUGGCACAAAACAAAAGUGCAAUCUGUUUGUUUUUGCAUCCAGAAAAGAGCCAGACCAAAGUCCUUUUAAGGCAAGUCAUUUCACUCGGCGGCCAUCUUUGAAACGCCUCUUGGGCAACUAUUUCAUGCAAUCUCAUUUAAUGGGGAAACAUCAAAUUCUCCAAAAGCUGUUCACCAAGCUUACGAUUAAUAUUCAUAUUUUAAAUUACCAAUGAAAUCUGAUCUUAUAAAUUGUUUCUAAACACUCAAAUCAUGAAAAAAAACCCUGCGUUUUUCUGGCCGGACUAGCCAAUGUGCAUGUGCAGUCUUAAGCGCGCCUCUUGGUAAAGAAACACUGACUGUUUCUUUACCAAUUGGCUCAUUUAUUUAGAAGGCGGGACUUAUUCCACCAUAUUGUGUGUUUCACUCUCUCCUAUUCAUAGUAAUAUGAGUGGACCGUCUUUAUAUAUCUAAAGUCUUUGGUUAACUUAACAGCAUCAGCUCAACCAAUGGUGUGAGUUUGGAGGCAGGACUAUC